AUGUCUGUGCCAGCUGUGCAGUUGCGGAAUUGUACCUUCAAAACCGAUUCUUGCGGUAUUUGUCCGGCUAGCGAAUACCGAACCACGUACAUAAGAAAAGAAAUUGAGCCGGUCAAAUCAUGCAAACCGGAAGUAGGCGCUUCGCUCGCGUGCGAACCAAUCAGCAAUCAGACAACUAAUCGAGUUGACUUUGUAAAACAUCCUUUGGAUCAGCCAAAUCGUCAUGUCCCUGACCCUUAUCAUCCGCCUGACAACCCAUUUGAAGGAUGCACUGUAUAUAAGGCUGAAUAUACACGCAAGCCGAUCAACCCGUCAAAACAGACAGAGAGGAAUUUAAAAAGGAUGUGCCUACCUCCAUUCGAAGGUCAAACUUCAAAUAAAAUGUUUGAGAAGGCAAAAGUCAUCCGUGACUACCACCCAAACACCGACCCAUUCGAUGGGGCCACUAUUUAUAAGACUAACUACGUCAGGCAUAUUUCUUCUCACCGAAAAUCCAAAAAACCCGACAUAUCUGCGACACUAUCUACGGAGCCACUUGACACAAGUACGGAACAUAGGGAUCAAUUCAUCAGACACCCCCUUCCGGAAAAAUCCGUAGGGAUCAAGGAGGAAUACCACCCCCUAUCCUGCCCCAUUGAUGAUAAAACGGUCUACAGGACUGAGUUCAUUCGCAAAGAAAUUGAAAUGGUGGCCAGCUGCAAACCUGACGUCAAACCGUCCGUUGCUUUGGAGCCAAUUGACGAUAAGACAACCAACAGGACAGAUUUUAUCAGGUGGCCUCUACAGGCAGCUUACAAACAUAAGGCCGAACCAUAUGUUCCAAUAGAGGGCCAGAUGACGUGUGACACGACUCACAAAUUGGAAUACACCAGGAAACCCAUCGAAGUAGUUAAAGUUGUGCCAAAGAGAGAAAAAUUGAAAUGCAUCUUGGCCCCUUUCAACGCCAACACAACUUACAAGACGGAGUUUCAGAGAUGGGACGCCAGCAGACCUCACAAGCACAUCUCUCCGGCUUACAUCCCAAUUUCUGAUCCGUUCUGUGGGAUCACGAGCUAUCGAAAUGAUUUCAUCAGGAAGGGUUGGGCGGCUAGGAAGAGUAAAAAACCAAAUGUGGCCGCCUACCUGGCUUGUGCUCCGUUAGAAUGUUGUACCGAAUACAAGAACGAAUUUACGAGAAAGGAACCGGAACCGUGUGUAGCCGGUCUUAUCGAAGCCGGUAUUGAUACCGACCAUCAAUUUGUACAGCAGGAUGCCGCAUGCCACAAGUGGUAUCAGUGAUAAUAUUCGAACGAAAAUCGGUUUCGAGAGUUUUAUUUUUGUUUCUAUUCGUUAGCAAGUCUGAUCGGUAUUGUUCGGUUCUUGUUUGAGUUUUUCGAGUUAUCGAUUUUACCGAUAUCGAUUCGAUAUUACCAAACUAUACACUCGUUAAAGAGAAUUAAUUUCAUUUCAUUUUCAUUUGUCUAAUUGAAGUAAUUUAAUUUAUUAUUAGCGUGUUUUAAUUUUUUUAUUCGGAAUUGAAAUGUUUAAUGGUGGAAGGCUUUGUGGUCGGAUAUCUCCAAAAACAUUCAACUCCGUGUAUUUAACUCUAAAUAAAAUAAGUUUUU